ACCACUUCCUCUUAAACCUCAAGAUAUUACACGAACUGACUUGUUCCUUCUCGUUCAUUGUCUCCCCGCGAUCAAUCAUCACGUCUCCAACCCGCCCACCAUGACACUUAAAGACUCGGUCGAGUCCAUCCUCACGACCGCGCAGUCCCACAUUUCGAAUAUAGCCUCAAACCUGCACUCGCACCUGCUCAGCACCACCAUUGCCGCGCAAACCGUUGAUCGCAUCACGAACCCCGCGCCUCCUCCCGCCGUGGCUUUCCCGAACCCGAACGCCGCCGUCCACGCCGACGACAACCUCCUCCAACAAGCCCUGCUGUACGACUACAGCGCGAUCAUGGCCCAGCCGUUUGUGCUGGACGUGCCCACCGUCUGCUGCCUCGUCAUGGCCUUCCUCCCGAUGCUGAUCGCCUACAUCAUGGGCCGGCGGCUGAUCCCGGCCAGCCAGGACCUGGCCAGCCUGCUCUUCUUCUGGCACGCGUACGACGCGCUCACGCACUUCCUGAUCGAGGGCUCCUUCCUGUACCACUGCUUCUUCAGCUCGAUCACCAUCUCCGCCACGCAGUCCCGCUUCGGCCCCGUGUUCCUGAACCAGCGCGACCGCGCCUACGGCGCCACCUACGGCGCGUCCUGGGACCCCACCGCCCGCCUGUGGCAGGAGUACGCCAAGGCCGACCACCGCUGGGGCGGCGCCGACCCCACUGUCAUCUCCAUCGAGCUCUUGACCGUCCUGCUCGGGGGCCCCGCCGCCGCCUACAUCUGCUACAGCCUGUACCGGCUGUCGCACGGCCGGCUGGGCAGCAAGCAGCGCGGCGUGGUCGUGGCCCGGACCUGGCUGGUGGCCGCCUGUCUGGCCACCGCCGAGCUGUACGGCGGGUUCAUGACCUUCGUGCCCGAGUGGUUGGCCGGCAGCCCCGCGCUGAACACGAGCCACUGGAUGUAUACGUAUGUCUACCUGACGUUCUUCAACGGGCUGUGGGUCAUCGUGCCCGUCUGGGUCAUCUGGCGCGCGCACCAGGAGAUUGUCCGCGCCUUUGUCGGUGGCACGCCCGAGUUGAUGGGCGGCGCUGCUGGCUCUGCUGCGGCACCUUCGCGGAAAAGAUAAGUGAGCUUAUAUGGACUUUUGUAUAGUUGACUUCACACGUGCGAUUUGCGCCCGUGCUACUUUGUAUUAUGGAUCUCCCCUUUUUCAUGUCAAAUAGACUGCUGUCACCCUAUGAUGUAUAUGUGGUAUAUACCCUGUAGCUACACGCUGCGAAUGUUGUUUCGGGCCAGGUACUUG